ACCGCCAGAAUCGCCCCUGGCACGGCCACGGCGGCCGCUGGCUCCGUGGCCGACCUGCUCCGGGCGUCGCAGCUGCCCCCCGAGACGCUGCACCAGAUCAGAGAACUGUGUGGUGCAAAGCGGGUUGGCUAUUUUGGUCCAACACAGUUUUACAUUGCCCUGAAAUUAAUUGCUGCUGCGCAGUCUGGCCUUCCUGUGCGGAUAGAGAGUAUUAAAUGUGAAUUGCCUCUGCCUCGCUUUGUGAUGUCAAAGAACGAUGGGGAGAUGCGAUUUGGGAACCCGGCUGAACUGCAUGGAGCUAAGGUUCAGGUUCCAUAUUUAACUACGGAAAAAAAUUCCUUCAAGAGAAUGGACGAUGAGGAUAAACAGGAAACACAGUCUCCCACGAUGUCACCCCUCGCCUCCCCUCCUUCUUCCCCGCCUCAUUACCAGAGGGUGCCCUUGAGCCAUGGCUACAGCAAACUGCGGAGCGGCACAGAACAGAUGCAUCCAGCUCCUUAUGAAGCCAGACAGCCCCUUGUCCAGUCUGAGGGACCCUCAUCAGGAGGCCCAGGAACCAAGCCCCUUCGGCAUCAGGCCUCCCUUAUUCGGUCCUUUUCAGUGGAGAGAGAACUGCAAGAUAGCAACAGCAGCUAUCCUGAUGAACCCUGGAGGAUAACAGAAGAACAGCGCGAGUACUAUGUCAACCAGUUCCUGUCCCUUCAGCCAGACCCUAGUUCCUUCAUUUCAGGUUCGGUGGCCAAGAAUUUCUUCACCAAAUCAAAGCUUUCCAUUCCAGAACUCUCCUAUAUAUGGGAGCUUAGUGAUGUUGACUGCGAUGGAGCCCUGACCCUGUCUGAGUUUUGUGCUGCAUUCCAUCUCAUUGUGGCCCGGAAGAAUGGCUACCCACUGCCUGAGAGCUUGCCUCCAACUCUGCAGCCAGAGUACCUGCAAGCAGCUUUUCCUAAGCCCAAGCGGGAGUGUGCAUUAUUUGAUUCUUAUUCUGAGUCACUGCCGACAAACCAACAACCCCGUGACUUGAAUUGGAUGGAGAAGACAUCUGUUAAAGACAUGGCCGACUUCCCUGUCCCUACCCAAGAUGUGACUGAUGAUGACAAACAAGCUUCAAAAAGUACUAUCAAUGAAGCGUUACCAAAAGACAUGUCUGAGGAUCCAGCAACUCCCAAGGAUUCCAACAGUCUCAAAGCAAGACCAAGAUCCAGAUCUUACUCUAGCACCUCCAUAGAAGAGGCUAUGAAAAGGGGUGAGGACCCUCCCACCCCGCCACCGCGGCCACAGAAAACCCAUUCCAGAGCCUCCUCCUUGGAUCUGAAUAAAGUCUUCCAGCCCAGUGUGCCAGCAACUAAGUCAGGAUUGUUACCCCCACCACCUGCGCUCCCUCCGAGACCUUGUCCAUCACAGUCUGAACAAGCAUCUGAAGCUGAGGUACUUCCACAGCUGAGCAGAGCCCCUUCCCAGGCUGCAGAAGGUAGUCCAGCAAAGAAGGACAUACCAUAUUCUCAGCCCCCAUCAAAGCCCAUUCGUAGGAAAUUCAGACCUGAAAAUCAAGCUACAGAAAACCAAGAGUCUUCCACCACUGUAAGUGGGCCAGCUUCUGUGGCAACCGUGAAACCCCAUCCAACAGUUCAAAAGCAGUCUUCCAAACAGAAGAAAGCCAUUCAAACUGCUAUCCGCAAAAAUAAAGAGGCAAACGCAGUGCUGGCCCGGUUGAACAGUGAACUCCAGCAGCAGCUCAAGGAAGUUCAUCAAGAACGAAUUGCAUUGGAAAACCAAUUGGAACAACUUCGUCCAGUCACCGUGUUGUGACCCCCAUGGUUCAAGUGACAGUGGGUGACCUUGUCUGCCAAGAUCUUCCUUUCGGAUGUUUGAACCCAGCUACUUGUUAUAGAUGUUUGUGUCAAAAGCUGUGAGCAGCUGAAUAUAAUCCAUAUGAUCUUUUCUCUUGCACUUCACUUGUGUGUUUUACUAUGGUGGAAAAAAUAUUUCAACUGAUUAUCACAUUUGAAAUGGUAAUUAUCAGUGGAAUUUAUCUCCCAUUCUCAAGUACUUCCUCAAGUUGUUAGAUGCUGCUCCUUACCAAAAAUCAUCUUCUAGCAAAUAAAAAUAAUUUAGAGCAUUAUUUACUUAAAGAAUUUAUAAUUUGUACAAAACCUUAUAACCAAGUACCUUCAGGAUGCUUGUUUUAUUUUUGUAUGUAUACCACAUACAGUAGGUUGGUUUCCUGAAUAAUUGGAAUUCCAACUGGAUAGUCUUUGGCAUGAUGAUAAUAAAAACAAAAGCUAAAAUAAAAUGAAAACAUCAGAUUUAGACUGGCGCUGUGCCCUCCACCACUUUAUGCCAAAAAUUGCUUCUCUAGUGCCAUUUUGAUAUUAUAUCUAGUUAUAAAUAAUACAUGACUAUUGUUUUCUAUUGAAUGUCAAAGUCUUAUUGGGUCUUUACACCUCUGUAAAGUGGAGAUUUUGACAAUGAGCUGUUUAACUUGGCCAAGCUAGGCCGUCAACCCAGAUAACUCAGUCCUUUCAUGUAAAUUUUUGGGCAAGAGCAAUCUACUCUAACUGCCUCACCUGAUCAAAUUAAAUAAAUAGUUGCCAGAUCUCUACUUUUAUCCUGCAUGGGAUGACAUAUCUGUAAAUGCAUGCGUUUGAAAACCACUCAUCAAAUAUGAAAGGCUGAUGAACUGUUUAGAUUGAUAAACAUUUUUUGUUUGAACUCAUGUAUCCAAACUUGGGAAGAAGAAGAAAUGGUUGUUACCAACAAUCUUUGAAAGUUAUUUCCAUCUUUAUUUUAGUCUGGAUUACAAAUGUAUUGGGUAUGGAGAAAUAAUGGAAGAAAGAGGUCCUCAUGUUGGA